AUGAGGUUCCUCGGAGACUACAAGUUCGCUUUACUUACUUGCUCCGUUAUCGCUCUCAGCAUCUACUUCGCGAUUAACGUCGAAUUUCGUUUCGCGUACGAUUCACCGGGAACUCGUACCGGAGUUAAGGUUUCCGAGAAAUCUCCCUUCGACGACGAAUUCAUGUACAUGUCAAUCGCUGAAGAUAUCGAUCGAUCUUACCUCCACUACGAUUACUACCGUGAAUCUUGCCCUACCGCCGAGAAAAUCAUCGCGAAAGCUAUCAGAGAUAUCUACAAUGUCACACCCAGCGUAGCUCCGCCUAUUAUCCGUCUCCUCUUUCACGAUUGCUUCAUCGAGGGAUGUGAUGCAUCAGUCCUUCUAGACGCAGAUGAAGCACAUACUUCUGAGAAAGAUGCAUCUCCAAACCUAUCCUUGAAAGGGUUUGAUGUGAUUGACGCCGUUAAGUCUGAGCUAGAGAAUGUCUGUCCCGGAGUUGUUUCCUGUGCUGACCUACUUGUAUUGGCAGCUAGAGAAGCCGUCCUAGUUGCUGGUGGUCCAUUCUAUCCCCUAGAAACUGGAAGGAAGGAUAGUGCAGCAGCCUACAGGGAUUUUGCAGAACACGAGCUUCCUGCACCAGACGCUACUCUGUCGGUGAUUCUUCAACGUUUUUCUUUCAGAGGAUUCAACGAGAGAGAAACCGUCAGCUUAUUCGGAGCACACAGCAUUGGCAUCACGCAUUGCACAUUUUUUAAGAACCGCCUCUACAACUUCUCAGCAACCGGGAAGCCUGAUCCUGAACUCAAUCCAGGGUUCCUCCAAGAACUGAAAACGAAAUGCCCCUUCUCUGUCUCGACUUCAUCUCCAUCUGCUCCCCCUGACAUUGGUUUACCACCGUCCUUACCUGCAUCAGAUUCCGAAAACAGCUACGGUAUGAGCUCAGGAAACAGGAAUGAUGAAGUGAUCGACUUGAGCUACAACAAUGAAGGAGGUGAUGAAAAUUUUGGAACACGAUACUUCCGAAGACUAAUGCAGAAUAAAGGGUUGAUGUCUUCUGACCAGCAACUAAUGGGUAGUGAAGUGACUGAGAUGUGGGUGAGGGCAUAUGCUUCUGAUCCGUUGUUGUUCCGCAGAGAAUUUGCUAUGUCAAUGAUGAAACUUUCAAGCUAUAAUGUCUUGACUGGUCCUCUAGGACAAGUGAGAACAAGCUGCUCAAAGGCCCUCCCCAGGAACUGAUCUCUCUUUUACCACUUUAGCGGACUCCUGUUGAUAAGAUUUGAUUUUGUUUUCGAAUAUAUGUAGUAACUGAAUUGAGGAUUUUGAGUUUGAUUUCAGAAGGCUGAUAAAUAAGUUGAGAGUUCAAUCCCUCAUUGUGUAUGAUAACCAU